AUGGGUCUGUCCACCAUCUUUCGUCGCAAAGGAGACUCGGACGAGUCCGAGGACGCGGCCCCCUCGGGCGCCAAAUCCACCGGCUACAAUGAGAACUCGACAAUCACGUCCAUAUCUGAGACGCCUUCCAUCACAAACGUCCCAGUGGACAAUCUGAAGCGCGAUCCGGAGCGCGAUCCGAAACCUGGAGAGCCGACCGUGGCCGAAGCGGAGGUCGAGGAAGAUCCUGAGAUCGCCGCUCUGCCGCUCGAGGUCCGCCAACUAGUCUCUCUCACCGACGAUCCGACCCUACCCACUAUCACCUUCCGCUACUUCGUGCUAUGUAUCAUCUUCGUCUGCCCCGGAGCCUUCCUCUCGAUGAUGAGCCACUUCCGUACCCGCCAAGCACCUUAUUCGGUCUUCUUCGUCCAGAUUGCGUGUCACUAUGCCGGCCACUUCUUGGCUCGAGUGCUUCCAGCAUGGGAAGUUCGGUUUCCUUUCACCCGCUGGUCGUUCAACCUGAAUCCUGCGCCGUGGAGCAUCAAAGAGCACGUGCUUGUCACGUUGACGGCCGCGUCCGGAGCCACCUACAAUCUGGGCUACACCCCCAUUGCCAUGGCGGAGCUAUUCUAUGGUGAGCGGGUCAACGCCGGGGUUGCCAUUUUCUUCAUGUUUGCCAUUGUAUGGAUUGGAUACGCUUUCGCCGCCUUGGUGCGCCAGGUCUUGCUGUACGACCCCAUGUUUGUAUGGCCCCAGGCCCUCAUGCAGACCACCCUCUUCGAGACCUUUCGCAAACAAGACCGAUCGUCGCCCCUUGCCCGCCGACAGAUGAAAAUCUUCUUCUUCUGCCUCUUAGGCAUGACACUCUGGCAAUUUCUUCCCGAAUAUGUCUUUCCCUUCACCUCGUCUCUGGCAUUUCUCUGCUGGGUCGCCCCCCGCAACCCGGUGGCCAACUUCAUCGGCUCUGGGAUCGGAGGCAUGGGCUUCCUCAACCUUUCGCUUGAUUGGUCCAACAUCAACUGGAACGGGUCUUCAAUCCUGUUGACUCCCUGGUGGACCCAAGUCGUGCUGUUUGCGGCAUUUGUAUUCAACUGUUGGGUGCUCCUCCCUGCUGCGAAAUGGGGCAAUUUGGGGUCGUUCAAGCACGGACUAAUGUCCAACUCGUUGAUGAUGGCAAAUGGCACCACUUACCCCACCCUGAAGGUGCUUACGCCCAGCUUCAGUCUGAAUGAGACCGCCUAUGAGCAGUAUGGUCCGAUGUAUAUGGGUCUCCAAAAUGCUUGGGCGACAUUCUUCGACUACGCCAAGAUCACUUCUGCUGUCACAUGGAUCUUGACUUUCGGCUACACCCAGAUUGCGACCAACGUGAAGAAGUUGAUCGCUUCCCGGAAGAAGGUCUCGGAGUCAUCCAACCAAGGCCUCAACUGGCAGUACCACGACCGGUUGAAUGUGUUGCAACGGGCCUACAAGGAAGUACCUCUUUGGUGGUAUAUUGCUCUCUUCAUGGCAGGAUUCGUGGCUCUGAUCGUCAUCAUCGCUUGCGGCCACCUCUGGAUCCCCAUCUGGACCCUCUUUGUCGGACUGGCGACAGCGGGCGUGCUUGUUUUGCCGUUUGGCUUUUUGUAUGCCAUCUCGAACUACCAGAUUGCUGCUGGAUCGUUCAAUGAGCUGGUAUACGGAUACAUGGUGGAGACGAAGGCGGGUGCUGGCCACCGACACCCUUGCGGGCCCUCUACCUACGGCUCCAUCGCCGGCGAUGCGUGGUACCGAGCGCAGUACAUGCUUCAAGACCAGAAAAUCGGGCACUAUAUGCACAUUCCUCCCAAAACCGUCUUCUUCUCGCAGGUGUUCGGCACCGUUCUAGGCAUUCCGAUCAACUAUGCAGUGAUCCGAUGGGUCCUCAACACGAAGGGCGACUAUCUAUCCGGAGCGAAGACCGAUCCGCUCGGACAGUGGUCCGGACAGUCUCUGAAGUCGUCCAAUACGCUUGGCGUCCAGUACGCGGUGCUCGGGCCCAGCCGCCUCUUCAAGGAGGCGGAGAUGAGGCCUCUGCCGUGGGCGUUCCUAGUGGGAGCGGUACUGCCGCCGAUUCUGUACAUUGCGCAUCGCCUGCUGCCCAAGUCGCUGCGGAUUGAUCUGUGGAACGUCAGCAUCUUCUUCUCGGGCUUGUCGGUCUUCUACGGUAACUUGAGUACGGGAUACACAUCGGCCUUCAUUGGCGGCUACGUCGUGAUGUACUGGGCCUACCGCCACCGGUUUGAGGUGUGGAAGCGGUACAGCUACAUGGUCGCCGCAGCGUUCGACGCGGGCUUCAACCUCAACAUGCUGCUGAUCUUCCUGUUCUUCGGAGCGGGCAAGCGGAUCUCGAUGCCCAACUGGUGGGGAAAUAAUGCGGAUUCGGUGGAACGAUGCUUUGCACUGGAUUAG